AUGACCCUUACCAUGCCGGUCCUACCACCACCACGGCUUAGCACAAUUCCGUGUUGUCCAAAAUGCGGCAACGACCUCUCCCUCACCUUCAACCCGACUGCCAACUCCUCCCUGGCUGGUCACGACGCCGACGAGACGACUACCGCAGCCGCUCUCCACGCCGCCCAGCGCCAGAUUGACGAGCUGCAGGCCCAAAUCCGCCUGCUCAAUACCAAGGCCACCGCCGCCGUCGACCGCUGGGCCGACUAUGAGGACGAGCUAUCGACGCUGCGCAGGGACCUGCAGAGGGAGCGUCAAGGCAGCGUCACACCACAGACACCCACAGUGCAGACCCCGACCUCGCCGCCAAGACUCAUCACCGGGAGCCCCUCUGCCGGCGUCUCGAGCUUCGCCACCGCGGCCACCAACAGGAUCUCCGCCCUGCUGAGCCGCAACGGCCAGACUCUCUCCUACACGCCGGGCGCCUCUCCGCCCCCCUCCACCGAUGACCUGCUGGAUGCCCUGACAAGGGAGCAUGGCAUGCGCCUCGCCGCGGAAGGAAAGCUGAACGACACGAGCCGUGAGGUCGAGGAGCUGAGCGUCACCCUAUUUGAGCAGGCCAAUGAGAUGGUCGCCACAGAGCGGAGGGCGCGCGCCCAGCUGGAGGAGAGAGUCGGGGAGCUGGAGAGGAGGGACAAGGACAAGGGGCGCCGGCUGCAAAGGCUGGAGAGCGCCAUGGGGAGGAUCGAGAGGGCGAGAAACCUCCUGAAAGAGGAGGUCGUUAUAAACGAGCUGGAGGAGCGCAGAUGA